CUGUUACACGUACGUAUACCCAGGUUAAACCCCCGUGAGACUUCAUAUUAAAUUGCGUAAUAUGAGGCAUCGUCGACCCGAAGCUACUGUGAUUAUGACGAUUUCAUUUAUUGCUUGUUUAUUAUUGGUCUCACUGCCCCGGGCAUCUUCGAGUCCGCAACCCACGUACAAUAAUCAUCAGAACUCAUCACCCAAGUUGGUUCACUAUUGGAGCUAUGUGAACCAUGCCCAGACCAACAGGCCCGUCAGCAGGCAUGUUGACAGGACCCCAGCAGCAGGUCCAUCAUCCACACCAGCACCCAUCAAAGAGGUCGUGUUCCGGUACUCGAUGGACAGGGAUGGGAAGGUGGUCGUGCAUCAUGCCCCCAGGGAAUUUGCGUACAUUCUGCCAAACAACGUGAGUGUGUAUGGAAAUGUGUCAGUGAGCAGGACCUGGAGACGUGGACAGAGUGGACAGGAAGUUUCGACGGACAGGACUUGGGGCAAUCACAGGGGUGACAUGCCACCUCAAGUGAACAAGGGCAACACAUGGCCCACCUUGCCUCCAGUUGAGUCCCUAGGACCUACAAAGAGUAGCAGCACUGUUAUUCCACCAACAGCACCACCAACAGUUCAAUCAGAUCUAGAACAGCGUCUACGAGUUGAGCAAGAUCGAGAGAGGUGGUACAGAGACCAAUUGAGGCUAAGGCAAAUGUCUGUGCUUCAAGAACAUCACAGCAGGAGGGAACAACAGAGAUUUGAGUCAUCUUACACUCAAGUCCCCAGCACAGUCAAGGGGGAGCCUGUGACUGAGUCCACCAAGGGUGUGACUCAGGCUACCAAGGGACCACCAAUGCCUCCACCCACGACAAAAGCUGGAUUUCCAACCCCUCGACCAACAGAAAAAGCUGGGUACCCAGUUCCUCCUCCAACAACGAAAGCUGCUCCUCCACCCAUCACAACAAGCACUAUGCGACCCCCAACAACCAGUAACAAGGGUGAAACCCGGCCUCUACCAUCAGUCACACAAUCUGAAGUUGCUCAAGUGGACCCACACCUCAGGCACUACAAUUCUCAGAGACAUAGAUUGCGUUUGGAACACCAGCGGAGAAUGACAGAGCUCAGACGCAGGGCCAGCCUGUCCCAGCAGACCUCUGCCGAUAGCAGUCAUGGUGGAUCCCAAGAUGAUGAAGCAGCAGCCACCAUCAGGGAAGCAAACAAUGAGCGACUCGCUGCCCAGCGAAGACACAGGGCCAAUAUGGUCCAGUCCAUGAUCAGGGCCACACAGCAGAGAGAGUCCAGGAGACACUCAGCCACAGCAACAACCACCACCACUUCUACCUCCACCAGCAGGGCCACCACCACCACCAGCACUGGCAGGGUUGAUGCCAGAGCCCAUGUGGGUGCAGCUGCAGCUGCUGAGACGCGUCAUUUUAAUGAAGCCAAUGAAGUUGAAUCCAGAAAUGAAAGAUGGCCGAAUGAAGGAGAUCUCAGGCUUGUUGGUGGCAGACAUGAGCGGGAAGUGAGAGUGUGGAUGGAUAACCUGGAGUGUGAUGGCACUGAGACCACUCUGGCAGAAUGCAGAUUCAAUGGCUGGGGAUUGAGCAACUGUGGUCCACAAGAAGCUGCAGGAGUGAUUUGUGAAUAUGAUAUCACCACAACCACUUCCACUUCUCCUUCAACAGCUUACAGCAGGUUUUCUGGUAAAGCACACAUCAGGGACUGGAGUUAUGGCGGUUUACAGGUCAGGUUAAUGAAUGGAAGGAUAGAGACUGAAGGAAGAGUGGAAGUUCGCCAUGGAAAUGGAAACUGGUCUUUGGUCUGUGGGGAUGGCUGGGGUCUGUUGCAGGCUGGAGUGAUCUGCAGACAAUUGGGCAUGGGUUUUGCAGCUGAUGCCAGUCAGACAAGCUUCUUUGGUGGCAACAGUGAGGACAUAGAACUCAGUGGUGUGGAGUGCAGAGGCAAUGAGGCCAGACUGGAUGACUGCACUCAUGAUCGCUUUGGUGACGUGUUCUGCCCUGGGACUGGGGACAACAUUGCCACCGUCAACUGUGCUUCUGAGUUGGCAGACUUGGUUCCUGACCCAGCCGAAGUCAUCAGGACAACUCAUCUGGAAGACAGACAAAUGUGGUACCUUCAGUGUGCGUUGGAGGAAAACUGCUUGGCCUCAAGGGCCUAUGAAAUACAGAAAACCAAUGAAGCUGGUUGGCACUUGGAGAGCCGAAGACUGCUCAGAUUCACUGCCAAAAUUGUCAAUCAAGGAACUGCUGAAUUCCGUCCCUUCUUGCCAAAAAAUGCCUGGCAAUGGCACCAAUGUCAUUUGCACUACCACAGCAUGGAAGUGUUUGCCCAUUUCGAUCUCCUGGAUCCGAGGACCAACAGAAAAAUUGCCGAGGGCCACAAAGCCAGUUUCUGCUUGGAGGACAACGACUGCCUUGAAGGUGUAGAAAAGACCUUCAACUGCCAAAACUUUGGCGACCAGGGAAUCACGGUCGGAUGCGCCGACAUCUAUGCCCACAGUGUUGACUGCCAGUGGAUAGAUGUCACUGAGGUGCCAGUUGGCAACUACAUUUUCAAGGUGAGCAUCAACCCAGAGUUCAAAGUCGGGGAACAAACGUUUGAAAACAACGCAGCUGUGUGCAACCUCACCCUGACAGAGACCUACGCACAUGUCAGCCACUGUGUUCUUGGUCGUCCCUGAAAACACCCAGUUUUUUUUCUUUCUUUCAAAAGAAAUCAUGUAUCUUUCUAUCAUCUUUCCUGGCUUUUCAUUUCUCUCUCUCUCCUGACUAAAUAGUUAGAAGAGAAACGAAGACGACGAAGUGCUGACGAACAUGUUCAUGCAUGUAUAAAUUCUCACGCGAAAGCAGCGGGCUUGAAAAGACUGAUAAUAAAUUGGUAUUUGAAUGAAAA